UUACCACGCUUUGGAAUUGGCACAGCAUGCAGAGCAGCCUGGAAAGCAUGGAGUCGCCCCUCGGCGCGUACAUCCAGAGCGGCGAGGAGCAAAGGGCCAGAGACAGGGCCAACGCGGGCCAAGGGGGAGCCGGAGGCGGGCGCAGGAAGCGAGAGUUCAUCUCCGACGAGAAGAAGGACGCCAGCUACUGGGAAAAGCGCAGGAAAAACAACGAAGCGGCCAAGAGGUCCAGGGAGAAGAGGCGUUUUCAUGACCUCGUCCUGGAAGGGAGGGUGGCGGCCCUGGACGAAGAGAACGUCCGGCUACGGAACGAGCUGCUGCAGCUGAAGCUUCACUAUGGACUUAUCUCGGCAGCCUCGGUCCUGGAGUCCUCGCAAGGGCUGGGCGGCCGUAAAGGCGCGGACGCCGGAAACCUGCUGUGCGGCGGUGAAACCGGGUCAUAUUCCUCGUCGUAUUUUGGGGUGAACUCCGACUCCUCGGAGGCAGACAGCGGAGGGGGAGCCGCUAUGGACGGUUACUCCCCCCGAGGCUCAAUCUCGGACCUCUCAGAUCAAUGCUCGGUGGACAGCCCCGGACCAAACGCCUACGGGGAGGGGAGGGCAAUGGACAGCGAUUUUUCCCACAUGUGCCCCGAGGACAACGCAGCGAUGAGGCUUGAAGCGCAACGGGGUGGGGUUAUUCUCUACAGGGUUGGGGGGCAUACCCUGGACCCCCAGGAAAGACAAAACUACCACUCCAAACAUGAAGUUCCGUCAAGUUACAACAGCCAAGGGUCCGAAUGCAGGAUGGCUCCGCUGCGCGCCUCCAUUUUUGUCCACACGGACGGGGCGCACAAUCCUUUCCAGCGUCUCGUGAAGACACCAGAGGCCGGUCUCACAGGAGGCGCGGCGUCCCCCGAAUCUCCUCCGUCCGGGUACCAGAGCGAGGACAGUUGCGUAGAGGAAGGAGAAACGGGUUGUUGCCCCGCUGAUUGUCCGCCCCACAAAGAACCCGCACACGGAGUUAAAUUGCCACACAAAUUAAGACUGAAGUGUCGCUCACAUGGAAAAGAUGUCUGAGGGACGGACAGCGACCAAGGGAUCGAUUCACGAGACUUUAACGCAGGAGAUUCUAUCCUCGCCGGCCUCCGCGCCGCUCACCACGCGUGUAAUUAAUAACAUGCUGCAACAUCAAUGCAUUGUGGUGAUAUGAACGUGUGCCGGGGGGGGGGGGAUAACAUGGACCAGAUCACGGACACGAGAGAAAUGCCGGGACGGCAGCACAGUUAUUGUAAAUAUUUAAUGUUAAUAGUAAAAUAAAAUGUUA